UAAAGGUAGCACGUGUGGUUAUUCUACAGUAAAAUAAAUGAGUUUUUAUAUUAAUUUACUAUUCACACGAAAAUGUUUGGCCUAAGAACAUCACUGUAUUUAAUAUGCUCUCUUCUACAUAUCGUCAUAUGCUCAAGAAUGUUUUGUCACGAACCUUCGAUGGGUGUAAUAAGACCGGUUGUAACCACCAAUCACUCAGAUUUUGGAUUCUCGAUUGCAUUGCAAAAGGGACGUGACGGAAAAAUAGUGAUCGGCGCACCAAAUCACGAUCGUACAGGAAAAGUAUUUCUAUGUGAACUAUCCGAAAUAAUGAGCAACAAAACCAGCACUUGUAACCCAGUUGACAUUGACGUGGAAGGCUUAAGUAAUUACAAAUUAGCUGGAGAGCCCGGUGAAAAUUUUUAUUUAGGCAUGACGAUCGCUGCAACUUCGGACUUAUUUGUGACGUGUGCACCACUAACUAAAUUUGAAUUCGGAAGUGAGAGCAAAAGUGUUUAUGGAUCUUGCUUUGUUUACGACGGGUCAGCACAUCAAAUACGGGGCUCGUUUGAAAAAUACUUGGACGGAUCUGAACAAAAAGGCGAGAUUUAUGGGGGCUUGGGAUCGAAUAUUUUAAUCGACGAAGCUAAUAGAUUAUUAAUCAUCUCAAAGUCUACUUAUAUUGGGGACAUACAAUAUUCAUCGUUAGAUAAUGCAACAGAUAAUGUUGAAUUUAUUAAAAAUAAGAUGAGCGAGGAUAUCAAUUUAAAAUUUAAGAAGAAUAGUAAUAUAGGAUAUGGCCUAGCGUCUGGAAACUUUUUCGACAACAGCACAGUUUUUGAAGCAGUCAGCAUGAAGAACAAUGAUUUGAAAGGACAGGUAAUGUUUAUGCAGUACCCAAAUUUAGGGAAGCAGAAUAAACUAAUAGUAAACGAAAAAACUGAGGAACAUUUGGUGGAGGACACUUCAGUCGGUACUAUGUUUGGAUACGUGAUGUCUACUGCUGACCUAAAUGUCGAUGGAAUCGCGGACCUUCUGGUAUCAGCGCCGGGGUACUUUCGCGGCAGACAUGCGUAUGACUUAGGCGCUGUUUAUAUAUACAUCGGAGGUCAUUCGAUAUUAAAAUCCAAUAAAAAUCACAACGCGAGAACUAUUGUGGGCGUUAAGGAAGGCGCCCGUUUCGGCAGUUCAUUGAUCGCUCAAGAUCUCGAUGGCGAUGGAAUUCCUGAAUUGAUAAUUGGAGCGCCUUACGAAGAUCAAGGUUUAGGCGCUUUGUACAUUUUAUCAGGGUACGAGGUUAAAACGAAAUUACUGACUGAAAAAGGUUCGAAUAUUGAAAUGAUGCUUUCGGCUUUCACUGAGACUCAAAGGAUACAAUUAUCGGAAUUCAAGCAAUUCGGAUUUAGUCUUCAGCCAUUAGUUGAUGUAGACGACAAUGGAUCUACAGAACUGGCAGUGGGAUCACCGGGUAGUGCGGCUGUGGUGAUAUUUCGCUCUAUUCCAGUAGAAUCGGUCGAAUUGACAAUUAUAGGACAAAAUAGCUUUAAAGAGCAAGACACAAGCGUCGUUCUGGUUGUGUGUGCACAAAUAGAAAAACGAAAACUUGCAACAUCAAGAAAGCUAGUUGUGAACACUGCAAUUACAGGGGAAGCAGUCGUGAAAAAUCCAGAGUACUUGAUCAUUUUAACAGACGAGAGGAAGAAAUCAUGCGACGUUGUUUCUCUAGAAUUGAAAUACAAAGAAUCCGGAAAUUAUAAUUUCACGGCAUCAAUUGACAUAGCCCCUGAAUUGAAACAAGCAAUGAAGUUAAAUGUUUUUGACCCAGAAUGGUUCGCUUUAGAUAAACCUAGUCGGCAAAAGCAAUCAAAGACAAUCCAGCGCUCUUGCACCGGCGAUGAUUGCUUACCCAAAUUGUCGAUAAAUUUGCAUUGGCUCGGUGAAAAAAAUUUUGAUGUUGGCCUCCAAGAAACCGAAAAUUUAUUGGUGAACGUAAGAAACGAUGGGCACGCAGUAGACGGUGCCUGUGUUUUACUGGAAGUUAACGGGGCACAGCUGAUCAGCGCUUACGAGAAACACCUGAAUACCUAUACGAUUCCAUUGAAGCCUCUAAGGAGGGAGGCCGAGAGAAAUGUGUCAGUUACAGUAGAUAUGAGUCACAUUAAUAGUACAGACAAGCAAUUAGGAGUGAUCGCCACGGUAUACGAAGAUUGUAAUACCAAAACCUUACAUGCCGAUAAAGAUGAAAUCGAAGUUUCUUACGUUAUAAACGCCGAUAGUAUUGUAAUCACAAGUUUGUCUCAAGAACGUGUACUGAGCGACAACGAUUUCACCAGUAACAACAAUACCACAGUUGAUGAUGUUCAUGAAUAUAUAAUCAGCAACGAGGGUACCGUGACGUGGUUGAAUGAAAACGUAAACCUCAUCAUUGAUAAAAAGCCUUUUAUGACGCAUUACGAGGUUUCAAUGACAGCUUUGGAUAAAUGUAAUGAAACCGAGCAAGAUUCACAAAUUCAGUUUAGUUGUAAAAUCAAUUUAAGGCGUUUGGAUACUGUGAAGAUAAACAUAACGAUUUCCAUUGGAAAAGAUAGUAUGAUAAAAAACAUCAUUGAAAAUAAAAUAAUAACAACAUCAUAUAUAGACCUUUAUUUGGGAUCGAUCAAACAAAUGAAGAACGCCAGUGUUUCGAACAAAUUAACAUAUUACACUGAGAAUCCAUUAAAGGACAAGAAACCGAUGAUUGUACUGAUCUCCCUGGUCGUUGCAGUUGUUAUUUUGGUCAUAACAUCCUUUGUCUUGUUUAAGAUCGGCUUCUUCAACAGAGUAGAAAAGGAAAAGACGGAAGAUUUAAAAAAAACUAUUCGCCGCAAAUCCCUUAAAGGAUAUGAAGGUUCCAGUGCUGUUGAUGAUGUGAUUCAGAACGGUAGUGAUUCGCAGACCGAGCUACAUAUUAACGACCAACUAGAAGUUGUAACAUCGUUGGAAGAUUAAAAUAUUUAAAACUUGGCUUAUUUGAACUUCAUUUUUGGUCUUGAUUUAAAAGUAUAUGAAAUAUUUAAGACUCGAUCGGCAGAUCCCUUCAAGAUUUUCAUAAUUUAGUUAUUAGCGUACGUAAAUAUGUAAGUUACACUGACUCGGAAUUGUAAACAUACUUAGGAGUAUACUUUGUUCUCUUGUAAUUAUGUCAAAUUACUUCUAAGAAGCCUUGUCUUUUAUGGUAACCGUUUCACGCAAAAUUUAAUUUUAUAUUCCAUCUAAAUUAGCUUUGCCAUCGCAAAUUUUUCUUUUUUAUUUCCAUAUUCAAUACUUCAAAUGUAAUCUUCCUUUAGAGAUAAAUUAAGUUUAAAUAAUAUUCAAAGGUUUGAUGGACCAAGAUAAGGUAGUGUAGGGGAAUGAUACCCCGCCCCGCUUCGCUUACUAUGCAGUUAUUGUGCAUACAGUAAUGAGCAGCAUACGAGUCAGUCAGUGGUUAAAGUGCAGCGAUCCACCGCGGUCGCUGACACGAAUAAACAUAUAAUUAUACUCAGUGUUUUAUUGACCACUCUGAUGAGGUUUCCAGAGGAGAACGCACAAUAAACCCUCAAAAUCAACAAAACCUCACAGUAGCAAAAAAAUUCAAUGUUAUUAAAUAUGUAACGAA